UUGUUUACAUUUUGCAAAGUUAUUUUUAUGCGCACUGCACAGAGAUGUGGCAUUAGGAUGUUCAUGAAAAUACUCUUUCUUUUUGCAUACUUUCUAUUGCUUUUUUUAAUUGUAAGGUUUCUUGAGUUUUACGUCACUUCACUUGCUGGAUGCUCCUGUUUAGUUAAAUAUUUCUACGAAUACCUACCGCUGUAUAUUUAUGGCUCUUCUACUAACAGCCAAAAUGAUAACAUCAUAAAUCAUCAAGAACAAAUAAACACAAACCAAGCAAAUGACAACGAGGACGACUUAAAUAAAGAUUCUGAAACUACAGGUGAUGCAGAUAAAAUUUUUGAAUUUUUAACAUAUGGAGAUUUCAUUGAAAAUGUGGAAGACACCAAGGCGAGCAUAUGGGUUGUUAAUGUUUUUUCACCUGGUCACACAAAACAUUUUUUGAAUAAAAGGAAAUGGAACUUACUUUCGAACAGACUGCAAAAAUAUGGCAUUAGAACAGGUACAUACCAAUGUAAAAAAGAUCCCUGGCUAUGCCUGAGACACAAAAUAAUAAAACCUACGGUUAUCUUAGCUAUGCCAAAGGGAUCUCAACCUAAAGGGAACGUUGCUCUUUUUAUUUAUAACAUAGAAGAACGAGAAAAUCCAAUUGAUACAAAAAGUGACAUUUUUAAUUGGGUUCAAAGUAAACUUUAUCGCAAAGUAAAAAUGUUGCAUUCAAUUUCAGAAUUAACUGAACGCCCAGUUACCAGAAGAAAAAGUACAUCUGCCAUACCCGCUAUUUCUUUUAUUUAUCAUUCAAAUAACCAUGUUCCACCCUUAUUGCUUUCUGCCUUGUCUGUGAAGUUUACAGGCCGGAUUAAAUUCUAUAUGCUUAAAACAGAAGAAAAAUUACCCUAUGGAAAUGUAUUUGCAAUGACAAAAUCUGCAACCUAUAGCUAUGGCAAACAUAAUGGGGAGAGUUUUAACUACACUUGCAUGGAACUGUUUUUGCGAACUCUUUAUCCAGAAGUUAAUGAUGUGUUUAUUUUUUCCAUUGUAUUGUUAAAUAUGGCUUGUUGGCUUGAACUGUUUCUGCAAAAGGGAGGACCUUUAAGAAGAUUACUUUUUUAUUUAUGGGGAUUUGCAUUAGCAAAUUUUAUUUUGUUUUUUAUUUGGCUUCCUGUUAUUCAGUUGCUGUAUAUGCCACAACUACAACCAAUAAUUGAAAUAUCCUUGAGAAGUUUGCAGCAAGUAAUGUUUACAAAUAUUGCAGCAAUUGUUCGUCAAGAUUUUUUGCAACUUUCACAACACCUGUAUGUCGUAUUUAUCGGAUUUAUUUGCUAUGGUGUUGUCAUUGGUUACUUGAGAUACAAACUUAGGAAUGACACUUCGCGACAAUCACAGACAAUGGUGUCCUUGUUUGAUGAAGAUAUUCAAGAAUUAAAUGAUUUGUUUCGCUCUUUAUUAGCUUAUAUAACUCCAUCUUUGCAGGUUUAUAGAUUUGAAGAAAGAAUUGAACGAAUAUUGCAUCGUCUAUCAACACCAGACUUGUGGUUACAUCAUGUACAAUCUGCUGAUUUUAUAUGUGAUCUUCCUGUCUGGGAACACUGCGAGAAAAGAUUUAAUCCCGAAGAAUUAAUUUCACAGUAUAGUUCUGAAAGUGAAUUUUUUUCUGAUAAUGACCAACCUGAAAUAAAGUCGAUAUGUUUAAAGUGUCAUUUGAAAAAUCCUGAUCAAAUUCCUGAGCAUGUUUUGUCAGCAACUGACUGUGUGAUAUGUUUAGCUGAGUAUGAAUGCAAAGAACUGGUCUCUGGUUUGCCAUGUGGACAUUCCUUUCAUAAAAAUUGCAUUGAGGAAUGGUUUUUCUCAGGUACAAGCUAUAAUAAAUACAGAUGCCCAAUUUGUAGGUGGCCAGCUGAUUUACCCAAAGGAAAGUUUGAAAUCAUCGAUGCAACUGAGUGAGAAAAAUUGUACACCUAUAUACUUGUUAUAUUACCUUUUUUUUAUUACAUUUAAUAUUUUUGUCAACAUAGUAUACUGUUGGGGUGCACAUCUUUAAAAAUAUUCUGCAUCCAUUUAUUUUUCUUUAUAUAUUUUCUUUCUUGUGUAUUUAUAUGUAUAGUUAUGUAAUUUAUUUGUUGAAAUACAAUUUAUUGCUAUGAGGAA